AUGCUCCCCAAAUUCAAGUCAUGUCAGGUCCCUCGACGAGAUCAGCAUUCUUGAAGGUUCGCAUUGUUAACAUUGAUCACUAUUUGGCUGAACCAGGGUCAAUGGACAACACACUUUCUCCAUUCUCGUCUGAACCUCAAGCUCUGCUGAAAGUUCCUAUUGUUCGGGUCUUUGGCUCUACACCAGCUGGCCAAAAAGUUUGCCUUCAUAUUCAUCAGGCGUUUCCCUACUUUUACGUGCCUUACCCUGAACAAGAUACAUCGCUAGACGCACUACAAUCUUAUUCAUAUCAGCUUGGACAAACACUAAACAAAGCCAUGGCAUUAAGCAUGAAAAAAGACCCUAAUUCACCACAGCACAAUCAAUACGUGGUCGCGAUAGUUCCGGUUAAAGGUGUUCCAUUCUAUGGUUACCACGUAGGAUACCAAUGCUACUUAAAAAUUUAUUUGCUAAAGCCGUCUUACAAGUUACGGAUGGUCGAACUUCUUCAGCGAGGAGGCGUUAUGACAACCUUUUUUCAGCCACACGAAGCGCACAUUCCCUAUGAACUACAAUUUCUAAUGGAUUACAACUUAUACGGCAUGAACUGGAUCGAGUUGGACAAUCGAACAGCCGCCCCAAUCAAAUUUCGCUCGCCACUACCAGAGGAAAGGAAGGCUAACAUACACUUGACGCCUGGCAGUAAUCCAGAGCAGACAGAAAAUAUAUUUACUAAAUACACUGUAUCGCCCAAUUUAGUAUCUGACGAGUAUGAACGUUCGAGUCAUUGCGAAUUGGAAGUAGACGCCAUCUGCAGCAGUAUCAUCAACCGGCGUACGCUUCAGGAAAGAGAUAUUCACAAAGACUUUAAAGAGGCAUUCGGUUUGCUAGCCAGUCAAGAACAGGAAAUUAAUUCUCAAGAAGCGAAACUUGUUCACUCGUUAGCUGCUAUAUGGGAAGAGGAGUCUCGCCGUCGUACAUCGAAAGGGCAAUCACCCCAAGUACCACCUGUCACCCAAGAGGAUAAUCGGAAAGAGCAUGAAGGUUGGAAUUCAGAGUUGGAAUACAGAUCUAGAAUUCAUGAUCGCAUUCAGAGUGAACAAUUCUCAGAGGAAGACAUACGGAACAUGAUGGAUAAAGUCGCAGGACACGGUCAAGAUCUCGAUCACUUAUUAACAGCUUGGGAAGCUGUCGCUGCGAUAACCAUGGAUUGCCAAUCGUUGAACAUUGCGGCAAUCACUCCUGAGCGACCACUAUCAUCCAAUGUAGGAAUCACUCCUGGGCUGGCCCAAGGAAAAGGAUACGAAAAUCUCAUUGAUAAGAGCAUUCUAGAUACCAUUCUCGAUGAUGCUGGCGAUCAAGAAGUGACUGAUGUGACAGAAGCGGCAAAUGAUGCCGCCAGAGAACAGGAGCCGGAUCUAUUUGAGAAGGGUGAAUACGAUCUCGAAGACUUUGAUGAUCCUGAAGCUUUGCAGUGGAUGGCACUUCAGGAAGAAGGCACGUCUCAGAGAAAACAUAUUCAAAUAGGAUACGAGGAAGAAAAUGAAAGGGACGUAUUUGCUGAAAUUAGACCAAGAAAGCUGGACUUCAUUUCUGAGCUAUCUAAGUAUUCUCAAUCAUCUUCACAAGGUAGCAGUGAUGAAUAUGGAGUAAAAGGCAAAGGUAGAAAGGAGCCCUCAAAAUCAAUUGAUCAAGUAGAUGGAGCUAAUGACGAAGAUGAUGUUGGAGAUGGAAAGUUGAAUACUGAUCCUCAACAAUUGAAAUGGGAAUCUAUUGUUCAAGGCAACAAGAAUAAGUCUUCUACUGGCCAGACUGUAUCAAAUACAAAUGCCAGUAAAGAUACACAUAGUGGCCGCCAAAGUUCAAAUAGUAAAGCAGAGAAAAUGAACGAAUCAACCCGUAAAAGAAAGGAUCACUCGGAUGAACUGGAAACUCUUCCUACUUCACCGAAAACUCGAAUCCGCCGAAUUCGUAAGACCGCAACUCUUGACAUUGCUCCAGCGCCUGUCAGCCCGUCAGAGCUUUAUACUCCUAAAGACUUCAUAGAAAGCGAGCGAAAUAACAAUAUGCCUUUCAACAUAUUCGUCGCCGACCAAUCCAACCCAGGAUCCCCCCUACUAUACUCUGAAUUUACAGAAAACGAGAAUGCAAUACCCAAGGAAUUUCAUGUUGUAAAUAAUGGCUCUCCACCUUUGUUGUCUCACCGGGAGAUGUCUGUACAGAGGCAAGAACUGCCGUCGGGACAUACAAAAGACGAGAAACCGGCUACUAUUGUUCCUUUACAGUCGACUUUGAAGAAGAAAGAUGUCGAGGAACCAGUAGAAUACCCAAUGGCAACUGUUUCCGCAGUGGAAAAGAAAGCUUCAACGCAAACAUCUGAGACCAGUGCUCAUUCGCAUCAAUCCAUUGUUAAUUCAGAAACAAGCGAAGAAGAAAAGUACUUUACUUCCAGGCUGAACAGAAUGUGGUCUCCCAAACAGUCAGAGACUGAGGCCACCGCAUUUCGACACCACCCGCCGGACAUAACAUCCCCCACACAAAGCAAAUCUCAAAUCAUGAAAUCGACACCAAAUCCAUCAGAGUUAUACGGCCUUGAGAAUGAUACCCAGCCAGGAACAGAGAAUGAACCAAAUCUAGUAUCUACUGAAGUGACAUAUGGUGAACCUCCACCUACUUUAGAUUCUAAACAUCGCAUAGAUGUUGUAUAUCAAGAACCUUACUAUAGUGAUAGAAGAGAUGCUCCUAGGCGACCAAAGAUAUAUGCCGGAAAGGAAUUCAAAUUGAAGACCCUUGAGCCGUCUAGUUUUGAAGAGUUUUCGAUAAUUGGACCAAAUAUCAUUAAUUUAAAUUCAAGAAACUCUGUCCGAACUGCAGAAAACUUUGACAAUGUCAAGUCCUCAACAAGCAGCUGGACACCAUCGACUAUUCCUCCAACUUAUAGAGAUGCCUUGAAAUGGCUAGAAAGAGAAGCUGCCCACCUUCACGAAGAAGAAGAAAAACGCAAGCAUAAUACCCAAGAAAGUGACCGCAUUAAUGCCAAUUUCGAUUCUUCAAAUACCCCUACCAAGAAAAAGCAGGUUUAUACCCAGAUUGAGCCACCUACACCGCAAAACCGCUAUGGUAUCAAAUUUAUGAAUACAAAAACUGACGCAAUCAAACCUAUCAAAGAGCACCUCGAUUUACUGAGCGUUGAGAUUCAUGUAAAUUCUCAACAAAAUAGAUUACCUGAUCCUCGUAAAGACCCUAUUGAGAUUAUUUUUUGGUGUCUUCAAACUGAAGAUGAAAAUGUAUUAUCUAAUGGUCGGCUUCCUGGCGCUCGUCUAGGGUUGAUUGUUUGUCACAAAACCUCUAUUGAGGAACGAUUUUGUCUUCCAGAUAUUGAUGUUCAGUAUGUUGAUGACGAGUUACACUUACUCGAGCUCUUUGUGUCCAAAGUUCGACUUUACGACCCUGACAUCCUUGCUGGAUACGAGCUACACAAUUCUUCGUGGGGAUACAUCAUUGAGCGAUGUGUGAAUCAAUAUGAAAUCAACCUUAUUGAUGAGCUGUCCCGAAUUAAACCUGGCGCUGUUCAUGCUCCUCGGUCCGAUGCAUGGGGGUAUCGAAAAGCCGCCAUUUUCCGUAUUGUUGGCCGCCAUCUAUUGAAUGUUUGGAGAGUGAUGCGCAGUGAAAUCGACCUUACAAGUUAUAGAUACGAAAACAUUGUAUUUCAUCUACUGCACAAUAGAGUGCCUCACUACUCUAAUAAAACGCUGACUGGCUGGUACACAUCCAAAAAUGCAACUCUCAAAGAAAAAGUAUGUCGUUACUAUCUUGACCGAGUUCAAAGAAAUUUAGAGCUUUUGGACGUCUCGAACAUGCUCAGCCGAACAACAGAAUCAGCCAGAACGUUUGGAAUCGAUUUUUAUUCUGUCAUAACUCGCGGGUCUCAAUUCAAAGUGGAAUCAAUGAUGCUUAGAAUCGCUAAACCGGAGAACUUUAUCUUGGUUAGUCCCAGUCGCAAACAGGUUGGCGAACUAAGUGCUGCAGAAUGUCUCCCACUGGUGAUGGAGCCCAUAUCUCAAUUUUACAGCAGUCCAAUGCUAGUUCUGGAUUUCCAAUCUCUUUAUCCUUCGGUCAUGAUAGCAUACAACUAUUGUUACUCAACUUGUCUUGGAAAAGUCGAAAACUUCAAAAGGGAGUAUAUCCAGAGAAAUCAACUUCGAUAUGGAAUGGACACACUGGAUCUGCCUCCAGAAGUUUUGAAAUUGAUGGAGGAGCAUAUCAAUGUUUCUCCUACUGGGCUUAUGUUCGUUAAGCCUAGUAUUCGGAAAAGUUUGCUGGCGAAAAUGUUGGGUGAGAUACUGGAUACACGUGUGAUGGUCAAGAGGGCUAUGGGAGAAGAAAAGAAGAACAAAGGUCUUUACCGACUUCUUGAUGCUCGACAACUUGGACUCAAAUUUUUAGCCAAUGUCACAUACGGAUACACUUCUGCGACUUUUUCAGGGAGGAUGCCAGCGGUGGAAAUUGCAGAUAGCAUUGUUCAAACUGGCCGUGAAACACUGGAGCGGGCAAUCGAUUUGAUCAAUAAUACCAAAAAAUGGGGAGCACGCGUUGUGUAUGGGGACACCGAUAGUGUUUUCGUUUAUCUUCCUGGUCGAUCGCGCGACGAAGCUUUCACAAUUGGCGACGAUAUUGCUGACACUAUCACAAAAAUGAAUCCAGUUCCGGUUAAGUUGAAGUUUGAAAAAGUAUAUCAUCCAUGUGUAUUGGUGACCAAAAAACGAUAUGUCGGAUUCAAGUAUGAAACCAGGGAUUGGAAAAAGCCAGAGUUUGAGGCCAAGGGAAUUGAAACUGUACGUCGUGAUGGCAUUCCAGCUACACAAAAGAUGUUGGAACAAAGUCUUCGUAUCUUAUUCAAGUCACAAGAUAUGUCAGAGGUCAAAGCAUAUUUGCAAGAUCAAUGGAUGAGUAUACUUUCAGGACGAGUGUCAGAGCAGGAUUUUAUUCUCGCACAGGAAGUUCGACUGGGUGAAUAUAGGGAAGGCUAUGAAUCGGUAGGUGCACGAGUGGCCAUGGCAAACAUGAAGUUGGAUCCAAGAGCAGAACCGCAAUAUGGUGAUCGCGUACCGUAUGUGAUCGUUGCACGCGGACCAAAUGUUAAACUUCGCGAUAAGCCCAUGUCUCCCCUAGCUUAUAUGGCGGAUAGUUCACUCCGGCUGGAUGCUGAGUACUACAUCACAAAGCAAAUUAUCCCGGCCCUUGAGCGUAUAUUCAAUUUGUGCGGUGUCGAUAUUGCAAGUUGGUACAAGCAAAUGCCUAGACGAAAGCAAGCCCUUGCUUAUUCAUUCUCACAAUUGGAGGAGUAUAACGGAAACUCAAAGACACUCGAGCAAUACUACUCCAGCCGACACUGCGUUGUUUGUCGAAAAAUAUCAGAUAACGAGCUAUGUAAAGAUUGCCUCAUGAACGGAGCAGAAACAUUGUUCACAAUGAAAAUGCGGUUAAAUGAUGUACAAACACGAUUUGGGAGCAUUCAAGAAGUUUGUCAGUCAUGUUCUGGUGUUUUGAGUUCACUCUCUGCCUCUGUCGCUGGUGGACCUGAAUCUUCCUUUGGAUCAAGCACAGGCUACGCUGAUCACCCUUGUGACUCGAUCGACUGUCCGGUUUUCUUUCAACGACAAAAGUUGAAAAGAGAUGUUCGAGUUCUCUCAACUUACGAUACAAUUAUAGAUAGAUGGUUCUAAACCAGUAUAUCAUUGUACAGAACAGUUUCCGCAUCAUUGUAGUAAAACGCCUCCUAACAACAUGCUGCAUAACAAUAAUAGGUCUUCGAGUUUGUUGUUCUAUUGCAUGUUUUAUUAAUCAGCUUUGCGCCCUACACUAUCAUUUCAGUCGAUGACUAGUAAUGGCUGAACCAUCCUGCGCCAAGUAAUUUUGACGAACAACACUUGAUAAUAAAAAUCAUGUCAUUGCGUAAUCUUCUGUUGACAGUGUAGAACAAUUUUGGUUUUUAAUUAUUCGGCCUUGGGAGGGACGAUGAAUUUCUAUUAAAAAGAAAGGUGAUUAGU